AUCUUUUUUUAUAAUUUCUUGCCGCGACCAACGUCAAGUGGCAACAGAUUGCUCAUUUCCACUCGUUAUCUUUUCUUCCACUUCUUCUCUUCCGAAUCUUAUUCCUUUAUUUGUUCCUGUUGCAUUCCCAUUUUUAUUUUCUAUUAUCUAUAACUUACUAAAGAGAAAAAGGCUACUACAGGGGUUUCUCCUUCCAUUGAAUUUCUUUUCCUUCUCCACCGGGUCCCAUCGCCUCUAAACGCAUCAGAAGGUUUUCCUUAGCUUCGCCGGAACCUAGUUCUCCUCUACCGCAUUACUACUAUAAUACAUUAUAAAAAGAGAGAAAAACAUAAAUUUGUGGAUCCAUCUUUUUGAAUUCAUCAUGUCAGAACGCCAAGCUCAAGAACUAUUACAAGCGGCCGAUAAACGCCUCAAUGGCUGGUCCUUUUUCGGUGGAGGCAAUAAGCAGGAAGACGCUGCUGAACUAUACGAGAAGGCCGGGAACACGUUCAAGCUAGCACAGCGCUGGUCUGAGGCUGGCGAGGCAUUUAUCAAAGCUGCCGGUUUAUAUAAUAAGAUACCCGAUACCCAAUACGAAGCAAGCAAAUCAUACGAGAACGCAGCCAAGUGUUAUAAAAAGAAUGAUCCUGAGGCGGCGGUCCGUGCUCUUGAAAGUGCCAUUAUGGUUGAUAAGGAUGGUGCGCACUUCCGAAACGCUGCAAAACAUCACCAGGAGAUAGCAGAAAUAUACGAGUCCGACGUUAUAGACUUACAAGGUGCAAUGAGGAAUUGGGACGAAGCUGCCAAUCUUUACAUGGCCGAUGACUCACAAGCAAUGGUCAACAAAUGCCUUUUGAAAGUGGCACAUUUUGCAGCACAACUAGAACAAUACGAUGUCGCUAUCGAGAAAUUGGAAACGGUUGCCACAGCUUCGAUGGAUAACCAACUGACCAAGUGGUCGCUCAAAGAAUACUUUUUGAAAGCCGGCUUAUGUCAUUUAUGCACUGGUGAUCUGGUACGUACUCGGCAAGCUCUAGACAAAUAUUGUACCAUGGACAUCACAUUUGAAAGUACUCGCGAAUAUCAAUUCCUGCAGAGUAUACUCGACUGCGUCGAAAACGGUGAGAUCGAACUGUUUACACAAAAAGUAUACGAGUUUGACCAAAUGACAAAGCUGGACCAUUGGAAGACAACCAUCCUGUUGAGAAUCAAAAAGACCAUGGAUGAAGAACCAUCAUUACUCUAACAAAGAGUUGCUCACAUCUAAAAUUUUUGUAUCUUCUCCUACUUUUUCCCCUUCUCCGCCUCUCCACACACACAAACAUGACAUAUUCAUCCUAAACUUUACUUUACCCGCAGUCCCUCCAAAAGAGAACUUCUCUAAUAGCAAACAUUCCACUACCACACACACACAAACACAACAUGUCACGCAUAUCAAUCGGCUCUGUCCAAAAUCUAGGCCCACAAAGAAACAAGUAAUCCUUUGCCCCAGCAUAACACAUGAUAACGUCCCUCCCCUGAUUAUCCAAAAAGAAGAACGGUGUUUAGGAAAUGAGCAAUAUAUACCUGGUCCUCUUUUUAUCGCGUCUAAGCAUGCGCGGAUUCUUAUACUUCUUUACAGCUAUGUUAUGCUUUGACUACAACUUGGUUCGUGUC